AUGACAGGUUGCCAAGGUAACCUGUAUGCUGUGCCUGCAUACUUCCAUUGUACUUGCUUUGAGACGUACAGAUGCCAGAUCACAUGGCCCGGAGGGGUGAAAUGUGUACCUGAAAUCCUUGUAACAUGUAAGGGUGCUUGCCCCCCUACCUGGGUCCGGAUUUUUGCUGCGCGCGCAGUCCGCAGUCCGCAGUCGCGUCGUCGUGUGGCCGUCCGGGCCUCGUUGUAUCGUCGUCUCCUUGUAUUCAGUCUCAGGUGGUGCGCAGGCACAGCUCCUACUGUACAGCCUAGAAAAAUCCAGAAAGUCGAUCCGUUUGAAUCAACCACAAGCAGCAGGACCAAGAUUAACCCUCGAUGUCGCAUUGUCAAUUUCUUGUAUUUCGCUUGCUUCCUUCCGGUUCGAUUCCAACCAGCCGAAAAUCUCCGCUGA